AUGAGCACACAAAAAUCACUAUCCAGAACUCAUUUCCAUCUGAUGCCACCCAUAAUCAGAAACUCGCUUCAGUGGGCCCGGAACUUUACCACCCAUUCAAACACAUCAUUUUUACCAAAAAGACCCAAUAUUUUAGCUACAAAUUUAAUUAAAUCAUGUUUUGAAAGGGGAUUAAUCAAAGAAGCACGUAAGCUGUUCGAUGAAAUGCCGGAGAGAGACGUGGUUGCAUGGACUGCUAUGAUUGCUGGGUACACGUCUUGCAGUCACCACAGCCAUGCAUGGGCUCUGUUCUGUGAGAUGGUGAGGAAUGAAAUGGAGCCAAAUGCUUUUACUUUUUCUAGCGUGCUGAAGGCUUGUAAAGGUAUGAAAACUCUUUCGUGUGGUGCAUUGGUUCAUGGGGGAGCUAUCAAGCAAGGCAUGCAGGGAUCCAUUUAUGUGGAAAAUGCACUCAUGGACAUGUAUGCUACUUGUUGUGCUAGCAUGGACGGCGCAUGCAUGGUCUUUAAUGAUAUUCAUGAAAAAAAUGAUGUAUCAUGGACUACUUUGAUCACUGGCUUCACUCACAGAGGUAAUGGCUAUGGCGGGCUUCAAGUUUUCCGCCAAAUGUUGCUGGAGGAAGCAGAACUGAACCCAUUUAGCUUUUCAAUUGCGAUUAGAGCGUGUGCUUCAAUCGGGUCGCAUACUUUUGGCAAGCAAAUACAUUCAGCAGUGAUUAAACACGGAUUUGAGUCCAAUCUUCCUGUCAUGAAUUCGAUACUGGACAUGUAUUGCAGGUUUGGUUGUUUAUCAGAGGCAAAUCAGUACUUCCAUGAAAUGCCUCAAAGAGAUUUGAUCACAUGGAACACCUUAAUUUCCGGAUACGAAAGAUUUGAUUCUAAAGAGUCCCUACUUAUAUUUUCGCAUAUGGAUACAGAAGGCUUUAGUCCAAAUAGCUUCACAUUUUGCAGUGUCAUAUCAGCAUGUGCUAACUUAGCAGUUUUAAACUAUGGUGAACAAGUUCAUGGCAGAAUUAUUCGGGGAGGCCUUAAGAAGAAUUUGGCAUUGGCUAAUGCCCUUGUUGACAUGUAUGCCAAGUGUGGAAGCAUAACUGACGCGCACAAAAUUUUCAGUCAAAUGUCUCAUAGAAAUUUAGUCUCUUGGACUUCCAUGAUGAUCGGAUAUGGGGCUCAUGGAUAUGGAAAAGAGGCUGUUGAAUUGUUUGAUGAGAUGGUAAAAUCAGGUAUAAGACCUGAUCAAAUAGUGUUCAUGGCAGUUCUGAGUGCUUGCAGUCACGCCGGACUCGUCGAUGAAGGCUUGAGGUAUUUCAAAUCAAUGAUAAAUGAUUAUAAGGUUACUCCAGAUCAGGACAUUUAUGGGUGUGUGGUGGAUUUGCUAGGCCGUGCUGGGCGAGUUGAGGAGGCUUAUGAAUUAAUCGAGAGUAUGCCAUUUAAGCCGGAUGAGUAUGUUUGGGGUGCACUUCUUGGAGCUUGUAAAGAACAUGAACUUCCACAUCUAGGCAAAGUGGCUGCUCGGAGGAUGUUAGAUUUGAGGCCAAAUAUGGUGGGCACAUAUGUGAUGUUGUCAAAUAUUUAUGCAGCUGAAGGUGAAUGGGGGGAAUUUGCGAAUACAAGGAAGUUGAUGAGAGGUAUGGAGAAUAAGAAAGAGGCAGGAAGGAGUUGGAUUGAGGUAAGAAACCAGGUUUAUGGUUUUGUUGUAGGAGAUAAGGUGGGUUCUCAUAUAAAGUUGGUAUAUGGAGUUUUGGAAGUUAUGAUUUUGCAUAUGAAAGAGGCAGAGCACAUAAAUGAUUUAAAUUGUUCUAUGCAUGACCUAGAUGAUGGAACUGGAACAGAAGCCGAAACACCUUACUGAUAAAAACAGAACGUCCUCAGAUUUGUGUAAACGAAUAUGAUACUGAGCAGCCUGGUAAAGAGGAUUAGUUUUGUUAUUUUAUUAUAAGCCAACAUGUACAAAACGAUCUUGGGAAAAUCCUGCUU